CUCCUACCCCUCUCCUCUCCCUCCCUCUCGGCUCCCCAUUUCCCUUCCGCAGCCGGCCGGCAGCGCGGACACCAUGCUCCGGCUCCUUCGGUUGCUGCUGCUACUGCUGCUGCUGCCUCCCCCGGGGUCCCCCGAGCCCCCCGGCCUGGCCCCGGUGUCCCCGGGGGCGCGCCCGCAGGCCCCCGACUUGCUCUACGCCGACGGGCUGCGCGCCUACGCGGCCGGGGCUUGGGCGCCCGCCGUGGCGCUGCUGCGGGAGGCGCUGCGGAGCCGGGCGGCGCUGGGCCUCGCGCGGCGGGACUGCCGGGGCGGAGCUGUGCGGCCGAGGCCCGGCGCCGCUCCCGCCGUUGCUGCUGGCGCCCCGCGGCCCGACCCCGGGCCCGGACCCGGACCCGCGACCACGGGCUGCCCUGGAGCCGCUGGUCUCCGCGCCGCGCUCCGCCGCGCCGAGUGCCUGACCCAGUGCGCCGCGCGGAGGCUGGGCCCGGGGGGCGCGGCGCGGCUGCGCGUGGGCAGCGCGCUCCGGGACGCCUUCCGCCGUCGGGAGCCCUACAACUACCUGCAGAGGGCCUACUACCAGCUGAAGAAGCUGGACCUGGCAGCAGCCGCAGCGCACACCUUCUUUGUAGCAAACCCAACACACCUGCAGAUGCGGGAGGACAUGGCAAAGUACAGACGCAUGUCUCGGGUUCGGCCCCAGAGUUUCCGGGACCUGGAGACACCCCCACACUGGGUAGCCUAUGACACUGGCCUAGAGCUACUGGGCCACCAGGAAGCAGGACUGGCACUGCCUAGGCUAGAGGAGGCCCUGCAGGAGAGCCUGGCGCAGAUGGAGAGCUGCCGGGCAGCCUGUGAGGGGCCUGAGGAGCAGCAGGGGCGGGAAGAGGAGGAAGAGGAAGGGGCCGGCAGCCAGGGGGGCCUCUAUGAGGCCAUUGCAGGACACUGGAUUCGGGUUCUGCAGUGCCGGCAGCGCUGCGUGGGGGAAACAGCCACACGUCCUGGUCGCAGCUUCCCUGUCCCCGAUUUCUUUCCUGGCCAGCUGAGGCGGCUGCACGAGGCCCAUGCUCAGGUGGGCAACCUAUCCCAGGCUGUGGAAAAUGUCCUGAGUGUCCUGCUCUUCUAUCCGGAAGAUGAGGCCGCCAAGAGCGCCCUGAACCAGUACCAGGCCCAGCUGGGAGAGCCGAGACCCGGCCUCGCGCCCAGAGAGGACAUCCAGCGCUUCAUCCUCCGGUCCCUGGGGGAGAAGAGACAGCUCUACUAUGCCAUGGAGUACCUGGGGACCAGUUUCACGGAUCCAGAUCCCUGGACCCCUGCAGCUCUCAUCCCGGAGGCACUAAGAGAAAAGCUCAGGGAGGAUCAGGAGAAGAGGCCUUGGGACCGGGAGCCUCCGCAGCCGAGGCCUGUGACCUACUGGAAAGAUGUCCUCCUCCUGGAGGGAGUGACCCUGACCCAGGAUGCCAGGCAGCUGAAUGGGUCGGAGCGGGCCGUGUUGGACGGGCUGCUCACCCCAGCCGAGUGUGGGGUGCUGCUGCAGCUGGCCAAGGACGCAGCUGGGGCUGGAGCCAGGUCUGGCUAUCGUGGUCGCCGCUCCCCUCACACCCCCCAUGAACGCUUCGAGGGGCUCACGGUGCUCAAGGCCGCGCAGCUGGCCCGGGCUGGGACGGUGGGCAGCCAGGGCGCUAAGCUGCUGCUGGAGGUGAGCGAGCGUGUGCGGACCCUGACACAGGCCUACUUCUCCCCGGAGCGGCCCCUGCAUCUUUCCUUCACCCACCUGGUGUGCCGUAGUGCCAUAGAAGGGGAGCAAGAGCAGCGCAUGGACCUGAGUCACCCGGUACACGCAGACAACUGUGUCCUGGACCCUGACACCGGAGAAUGCUGGCGGGAGCCCCCCGCCUACACCUAUCGAGACUACAGUGGACUCCUCUACCUCAAUGAUGACUUCCAGGGCGGGGACCUGUUCUUCACAGAGCCCAAUGCUCUCACUGUCACGGCCCAGGUUCGUCCUCGCUGUGGGCGCCUCGUGGCCUUCAGCUCUGGUGGGGAGAAUCCCCAUGGCGUGUGGGCCGUGACGCGGGGACGGCGCUGCGCCCUGGCACUGUGGCACACGUGGGCACCUGAGCACAGGGAGCAGGAGUGGAUAGAAGCCAAAGAGCUGCUGCAGGAGUCGGAGCAGGAGGAGGAGUCAGAGGAGGAGGAAGAUGAAGAUGUGCCCAGCAGAGAUCGUUCCCCAGAACCCCCCAGCCACGGGCUUCAUCGAGUCCCAGACAAGGCUGGAAAGCCAGCUCGGGUCCGGGAGGAGCUGUGAGUGGCUGAACCAGCUCCUUGGGGAUGUGGCCACUUGACUUGCGAAAGGGCCAUCUCAAGGCCAGGACCCUCAAGAAGCGCCCACGAGACAUCAGGAGCAGAACUGCAAGCUCUGUGUCCCUGUACCCCACCGUCUUGGGCAUCCACAAGGGCUGUCCAGCCCUGGACUCAGAGGACACCGCAUAGGUUAGCCUGGAGCUCCCCAGGCCUGGCUCCAGCUGAUGGACCUGCAUGCAGCCCUAGGACAGACAGAGGACGCUGGGCCUCCCUGAAAAGAAAUGGUGGGGGUGGGGGCUAAUGCUUUAAAUGAGGAAGAUAAGGGGGAAGGAUAACCCUACUCCCCCCUAUCCCCAGCCUGUGCAAUAAAGAUCAUGGAGAUCCUUCA